AUGUCGGGCAAGCGGUCGGCGUGGGCCGCCAACGCGUCUCUGUGGGAGGUCCCCGCCUUCGGGGGGGCGGCCCGCUUUCGCGUGGGGGCCACGGCGUUCCUGUUCGUCGUGGCCGCCACGGGCAACCUGGCGCUGAUGGUCAGCGCGCGGCGCCGUCCAGCCUCCCGCCUCCGGCCGCUGGUGACGGGCCUGGCGGCGGCCGACCUAUUGAUGACCUUCGUGGUAAUGCCGCUCGACGCCGUCUGGAACGUGACGGUGCAGUGGUACGGGGGCGACGUUCUCUGCCGGCUGCUGAGCUUCCUGAAGCUGCUGGCCAUGCAGGCCUCGGCCUCGGUGCCGGCGCUCAUCGGCCUGGACCGCCGCCGCGCCGUCGUUCGGCCGCUGAGUGCCCGGCGCGGGAACAGGCGUCCGAUGGCGCUGGCCUGGAGCAUCAGCGCGCUGUUGGCCGCGCCGCAGCUGUUUGUGUUCGGCGCGGUGAACGCGGGCGCGGACUUCGUUCAGUGCGCGACGCAUGGCGCUUUCGGCGCACGCUGGCAGGCCACGCUCUACAACAUGUUCUACUUUGGCACUUUGUACUUCGUCCCCCUGCUGGUCAUGAGCUGCUGCUACGGCCACAUCAUGCUUCACAUCAAAAACACGCACCUCAAGACCAAAGGCCAACUGCGUCGCAGCGGCACGGACGGCCUCUCCAGAGCCAGGAUGAAGACGCUAAAGAUGACCGUGAUGAUCGUGCUGUCCUUCGUGGCGUGCUGGACGCCGUACUACCUGCUGGGGGUGUGGUACUGGUUCCGGCCAGAGGUGGUGGGCUUCACCCCCGAAUACGUCCACCACGGCCUCUUCCUCUUCGGCAACCUCAACACCUGCUGCGACCCGCUCAUCUACGGCUUCUACACGCCUUCCUUCAGGGCCGAGCUGGCCGCCUGCUUCCGGCGUCGCCCCGCCGCGCCGCCCGGGAGGGACCCUGACGGAAGGGCUCCCGGGCCGAAGGCCGACGUCCCACGAGAGGAAACGCUCGUCGCCGUCUUUCCCGACGGCUCAAAGAGGCCCUCCGCCUGA